AUCCCAAUGCAAGCAAUGUUCCUGGAAUUCUCAUACUUGAGAUUGAUGCUCCCAUUUACUUUGCAAAUACCAACUACUUAAAGAGAAAGGAUAAAUGAUGAGGAAGGUAGGAUCAAAUCUGCAGGGGAAAGUAGCUUACAAUAUGUGAUAUUGGAUAUGACUGCUGUUGGUAACAUAGACACAAGUGGGAUAAGCAUGUUUGAAGAGGUCAAAAAGCUUGUUGACAGAAGGGGGCUCCAGCUUGUACUGGCGAACCCGGGAAGCGAGGUGAUGAAGAAGAUGAACAAGUCAGAGUUGAUUGAGAAAAUAGGUCAAGAAUGGAUUUAUCUCACAGUUGCAGAGGCUGUUGCAGCAUGCAACUUCAUGCUUCACUCCACCAAGCCCAACCCCGGCAAAGAUCAAGAACCAGCUGCAUGGAACAACGUUUGAUGGCUUUGGCUGGCUACAAUGUGAAUUUAUGUAUCAGAAAGCAAUAUCCACAUAAAUAUGAAGACUCGUUUGAAUUAAGGAGAAAUGAGUCUCAUCAUUUGUGUGUUAAGUUUGCUCAAGUCAGAGUUGGAAGCAUUAAUUUUUUCCACCUUCCAACAUAAUGUUAUUUGGAGAAUAUUGUAUAUCACUGCAUAAUGAAAUUAAAAAUAUUGGAGA